AUGGUCGACAGAUUAUUUAAAGUUUCGCUUACUGACAAAGCGUUUGUAUCGUAUUCAACCAAAGCAGCUGAUUCAAUAAGCUCAAGGGACUCCCAUACGGAAAACAAACAUAUAUUGCAAAUGCACAAGGUUGAAGGAAAUACGCAAGGUAAUAUGGAAAUAAUACUGUUUAGGAUUAUAUAG